GAUUGUCGACCGCGAUCUUGACCAUCGAAUUAAUGGUAACAGUUGUGGAGCACACACUUCAACUCGUCUUACUUUCAUAUGCUAAUUUGGGUUGGCGUAGAUCAACUGUUCAAAUAUGUUUGCGUCUCUCGUGUGGACGUCAAUGGACGUCAAAGAACGAAAUAUAAGCCGCUGUGCGACGACUGCAACAAGUUUAUAGUUUCACAACAAACAAGACAAACGAUGGUUCAGCAUUCGCAGUUCGGCGGACUGCUCCUGGUGAUCGGAAUCCUGCUGAUCCCAUCCCUGGAAGCCAGUCCCUGGUUUUGGCCGUGGCAGAGCCGAAGUGCACCUUCAAUCAUCAACAUCUCCAUUGGAAACCGUGUCAACACUAACACUUCGGUCGAUGAAGGCACCUCCAUCCGGGACCUGACGUUCAACCUGUCCCGCUGGAAAGGUAAUCUGACCUUCGAGAAGAACGGUACCGAGAUAUUCAUAACCCGUGGCAACGGCGGAGUCACCAACAUCCACAUAGACUUCAGUUCCAACUCCGGGAAUCAACGAAGUUCUGCGAACAGAACAACCCCGUUGUCAAACGCAACGCAGCCGUCGACGAGUCGCAGGAAACGCGCCAUUUUCGGACUCCCUUCUCUGCCCUCCAUUCCGAUCCCGACACUCAACGGAACGCAAGCCUUCCUCGGCGGAAACUCCAUCCCUCUACCAACAGCAAUCACCAUUCCAGCGAUCAACGCUUCCACCCUCCUACAGCCAUGGCAGUUCCUGCAAACACUCAUCACCCGCCGUUUACCGAUGCAGCUGUUGGACACCGCCGUAUCGUUCCUCGCGCAGCUGUAUUCAUCCACUGCCAAGAGCAUGCUGGACACCGGAGUCAACACCCUGGGUGAAACCAUGGACACCUUGUCCAGCGUUGUCAACUCCACCCUGGACACCAUCGAGGACCAGGUUGCGUCCGGGAUUGCUGGCGUAGCGCAGUCCUUCAAGCAGCUCACCCGAGCCGGACAGAGCUGCGUUGGACAGGUUCCGGACGAUUCGGCCCGACCCGUUGUGACCAAGGCUACCGGAUGCGUCCGGGAUCGGUGGAACGAACUGGACGGGAUAGUGAAUCAGUUUUUGGUGGCGGUUAGCGAUACGGAGGAUGCCUACGGUGGAUGGUUGCGGGCGUUGGACGCGUGCAAUGCGAAGAACUUUGCCGGACUGAGCGAUACGACGGAGCUGGAUGCUCAGCAGCGGAGUUGUUACGUGCAGACUAUGGCCAAUUCGGUGGGGAAGAUGGUGGAUAUUCCAAUGCGUUGGGCGAGCUUGGCAGCGAGGGUUGGAACCGCUGUGAGUAGUUUCCAGCCUCAGGUAGGACUCUGUGUGGCCGGCGUUGGCGCGGAAGUGGCAUCCGUUUCCGCGAAUGUCGGAGUGCGAAUAGUGCUUUGUCAGAUUAUGCAAUGAGUUGGACAAUAAAUGGUAUGGUUGGUUUACCAUCCUG